AUGUACGAGUUGGAGAGACGAGCUAUAUUUUCCAAAGAUUGGAUAGUAGUGUCCCAUCAACUUCGGCUCGCAGAGUCUGGUAAGUAUGUCCAGCUCCAGGAAGCAGGGUUUUCAUUCUUUCUGGUGAAAGACCGGCAAGGAAAUAUCAAUGGUUUUCACAAUGUCUGUCGACAUCGUGCAUAUCCAAUCGUGCAGGAGAAGGAGGGUAGUGCGAAUAUACUGGCAUGCAAAUAUCACGGCUGGUCGUAUGGGCUCAGUGGAAAACUCGCAAAGGCACCCCGCUACGACGACCUUGAGAACUUCGAAAAGGAGAAAAACGGCCUUUUUCCUAUCCGUGUUCACAUCGACAAAUUGGGUUUCAUCUGGGUAAAUCUUGAAGCUUCGGAGAAACCUACUAUUUCGUGGGAAGACGACUUUGGUGGUGUUGACGAGCAACCUCGUCUGUUACAGUUCGAUUUGUCCGAAUUUCAAUUCGAUCAUCAGUGGGACAUGGUGGGAGAUCAUAACUGGAAAAUUUUAGCAGAUAAUUACAAUAAAUGCUAUCACUGCCUAACCGGUCAUCUAAAUUUAGUCAACUACACCGAUUUAGCAAAGUACCGGGUCGAAACUAAAGGAAGCUAUAUCCAACACUUCAACACCGAUAGACCUGAUCGUCAGGGUAUGGGAAUCUAUAGCACUUUCUACUUUCCGAACGCCUCGAUAACUAUUUCGAAGCACUUCUUCUAUAUUAUGCGUUCUAUACCAAAGUCUGCUUCACAGACACUCAUGGAAUAUGAGGUAUAUCGAAACAAGAAUUCAUCAGACGAAGACUUUGGCAACAUCGACUCCAUAUUCAAACAGGUCCUUAAAGAAGAUAAAGAUCUGUGUAAUGCUGCACAGCAGAAUUUGAAUGCGGUAAUCUAUACCAAUGGCCAGCUACAUUCUCAUAACGAAAAGGGGUCUCUUUAUUUCCAGGAUCGACUGAGAGAGCAAGUAAUGAGUCAUCGUGCUCUGGAGAGAGAGAAAGGAAGAGAUAUCUGGCCUACUACGCUUGCAGCAGUGGUGACUAAGAAGUUGGAGGAGGAGAUUGACUUCUGUAACGCACUCGAUUGUGAAGCUGCCAGCAAUAGUAACGAUCCGUUGUCUUGGUAG